AUGGCUGAAAACUUAGUCGACGGAGAGUUCUGGUUGCCACUACAGUUUCUCUCCGACGACGAGAACGACGACGGCUUAACCACUCCCCCGUUUUCCUCAAAAGACAAACCUUCUCGGUUGUUCAACAAUGGUGGAGAUGUUCUUCCUUUUCCCUCUGAGUUCCCUUAUGGCUUAGCAUAUUCAGAUUUCAGUUCUCCGGUCGACUCGCUCAGUGGUUCAAGCGAAACAGAAAGCGACGAGGAUGAAAAACACAUGGCUGAGUUGACUCAUCGCAUGGCUCGUUCAACACUCCAAGCUGAUUCCAAAGCCUCUGAUAACAACUUGGGCCGUUUUGUGCCAGGUUCACCACAAUCUACACUAUGUGCUUUCGGGAGUGGUUGUCGUUGCCGUAAAGGUUCAGGUUCAAGCCAUGGAAGUCCUAAAGGUGUUUGUGAGGAUUCUUCUUCAAAGGCCACUUGGGAUCUGCUGCAUGCGGCUGCAGGGGAAGUAGAAAGGAUGAGAUUGAGCCAGGAACGUUAUAAUGGACCCUUUAAACCUUCUCCUAUUACUCUACACUCCAAAAACAACACUGUUUCAACUAAUCAUGAAAUGGGUUAUUUCACUCAACAUUCACUUUCUCACCAGCAAUUGCUAAUUGCACAAUUGCAGAUGCUGAGGCAGCAACAAAUGGCAAAACAACAUAACUCAAUGUGGGGUGGUGUGCAGAACCAAUGCGGGGGUGUAUUUGAAAAUCGACAAACCAACUCAGUAACACCAACCAGAGGAAGAAAUAUCGGUGAUGAUAAUGGUGUUGUCGAUGGAAUGAGAAACACACACGCAGGUGCUUUAGGUUUGUCUUCAUCUGCAUGGCCGACACUUCAACAUGCCAAACAACAACAGUUUUAUAAACAAGCCAAACAACAAUCACAGAUUAACAAUCAACAAUUUGGGUCUGGAAUGAGAGCUGUUUUUCUGGGUAAUGGUUCUGGUAGAAGGGAAAGUGCUGGCACUGGCGUGUUCUUGCCUCGUCGUGUCGAUAGACCUGCUGAAUCACGGAAAAAACCAGUAUGUUCAACUGCGUUGGUUCCAGCUAGAGUGGCCCAAGCCCUGAAUUUGAACCUUGAUGAAUAUGUAGUGGGGCAGCCGCAACAGCACUUGCAUCGUUUUAAUUCCAUCUCUAAUGUGGACAAUGUAGUCCCUCCUAGGCAUAGGGGUAAUUAUGGCCUUUCACAUCAGAAGCACAUCAACAACAAUGUCAGCAGGCCACAGCCAGCAGUGAGCAAUGAAAUCAGCCUUCCAAAAGAGUGGACUUACUGA